UCAAUCCGUGUUGGGCUAUAGAGUCAUAUAGGAGGUGAUACCAGGGUUGGAAAGUAGGGAAAGUGGGACAGCAGAGGGGUCGCACAGUGUUGUGCACGCGCCUCGGCAUAGGGGAUAUGUCGCUUUCAUCUGGAUGUCUUGACAACGCGAAGUUAAUCGCGUGGUAGCGCCACGCGCCCGGAGUGUGCCAGUAUUGAAAAACCUCAGUCAUGCCAAAUUUGGGAAGCGGGGUGGAGGAAAUGGCAUUUCAGCUCUUUACGCGUUUCAGACCGAGCUAGGCGCUGCUGCUGGUGGUGAUGACGCCUUAUCAGUAAUAAAGCAGGGUAGCUGAUGAUGAUGAUGAUGAUGAUGAUGAAUUCAUGUGUUUUAUGGGCAUGGCAAACGGUACCGGCAGCAUCAUGUUGAAAUGCGUGGUCGUCGGCGACGGCGCCGUUGGAAAAACUUGUCUGUUGAUGAGCUAUGCCAACGACGCCUUUCCAGAGGAAUAUGUGCCUACCGUGUUUGAUCAUUAUGCAGUGAGUGUGACGGUUGGGGGGAAACAAUACCUGCUGGGGCUGUAUGACACUGCGGGUCAGGAGGACUAUGAUCGCCUACGACCCCUGUCCUACCCCAUGACGGAUGUCUUCCUCAUUUGCUUCUCGGUGGUGAAUCCGGCCAGCUUCCAGAAUGUAAGAGAGGAAUGGGUCCCUGAACUUCAGGAGUAUGCACCCAAUGUCCCUUACCUGCUCAUUGGCACUCAGGUUGACCUACGGGAUGAUCCCAAGACUAUUGCCAAGCUGAAUGAUGUGAAGGAAAAGCCCAUUGUGACAGAACAAGGCCAAAAGCUAGCAAAGGAGAUUGGUGCCUGCUGUUAUGUCGAAUGCUCGGCGCUGACUCAGAAAGGCUUGAAAACUGUGUUUGAUGAGGCCAUUAUAGCCAUACUGGCCCCUAAGAAAGGUGCACUCAAGCGAAGACUGGGCCCACGCUGCAUCAACUGCUGUCUGAUCACAUGA